GGGGCGGGCACGGCGGGGCGGGGCGGGAGCGCGCGGGGCUGGGCGCGCGCGACGCCAGCAGCUCGGCUGGGCCUUCACGACGCCGGUCCCCCGGCCGAGGCGGUCUCUCCCGCCGGCGACGAGGGUGUGGCGGCCAGACUGCCCGCAGCGACUCUGCCUCGUCCACCGCCCGGUGCGUCUCGCCGGGUCCGGCUCCUGCUGGCGUCCGGCUCCCACGCAGCCCCGCCCGGCCUCCCCCGGCUGCCCGCCUGCCUGCAGCGGAGCUGCCGAGGGCGCAGUAGAUGCCUGGUAGACAUCUUAGAACUUUAACAACAGAGAAGACCUGCUUUUAGGGGAAAAUGCUGAGGGACACUAUGAAAUCUUGGAAUGAUAGCCAGUCAGGUCUCUGUAGCAGUGACCAGGAGGAGGAAGAAGAGAUGGUUUUUGGUGAAAAUGAAGAUGACUUGGAAGAGAUGAUGGACCUAAGUGAUCUGCCCACCUCUCUCUUCGCCUGCAGUGUCCAUGAAGCAGUGUUUGAGGUGCAAGAGCAGAAGGAGAGGUUUGAAGCGCUUUUCACCAUCUAUGAUGAGCAGGUGACGUUUCAGUUGUUUAAAAGCUUCCGAAGAGUCAGAAUAAAUUUCAGCAAGCCUGAAGCAGCAGCCAGAGCGCGGAUAGAACUCCACGAAUCAGACUUCAACGGGAAGAAGCUGAAGCUGUAUUUUGCACAGGUUCAGGUGGCCCGUGAAACACGAGACAAGUCGUAUCUACAGCCGCCCCAGCCGGUCAAGCAGUUCCUCAUCUCCCCUCCCGCGUCUCCUCCGGUGGGGUGGAAGCAGGGGGACGACGCAAUGCCGCUUUUAAAUUACGAUUUACUCUGCGCUGUUUCCAAACUGGGACCAGGAGAGAAAUACGAACUUCACGCAGGAACUGAGUCCACACCCAGCGUGGUGGUUCACGUCUGUGAAAGUGAAACGGAAGAGGUAGAGGAAACAAAAAACCCCAAACAGAAAAUUACCCAGACCAGGCGCCCUGAACCUCCAGCCACAGCACUGAGCGAGCCCCAGACCUUCGACUGUGCCCCGUGAGGCCUGAUUGUGGCACGAGGCAGCUGCCAUCGUGGGUGCUGGUCGUGGAAACGGUGCCCCCUGCUGGGGCACUGCUGCUCGUGGUGUAGGUGAGGUGAGCAGGGCAUGAGACGCAGUGUGUUCACCAAGCCUGCGCCGUGGACAUGGCAGUCUAGAGUAGAGGCUGAUACUCUGAGAAGCGCUGUAAGGAUUAGCCCCCAACAUGCAGCAUCUCUUGACCACUUUGAACAGUAGCAAAUUAGGAACACGGCUCCCUCCAGGAAUGUUCCUUUCCCUGAUUCUGUGUAGCAUGGAGUACCCCAAAACUAAAGCUAUAGCCACCGAGUGCAGUCCCAUUUUUAUGAAUUUAAAAGUAGUCUUACAGUUUUAAUAAUCUAGUGUGGGUAUUUUUGUACUGGUAUAACAGCUUCUAACUAAAUCUCUUGAUCAAAGCUUAAUUACUAUUCAGUAUACCUGAAAUUUUUUGCACGUAAAGAAACCUGAAGUAUAGAAUAAUUCGUAGAAAAUCAUUUUUCUCUAGUAUUUUGUUUUCUUUAACUUUGGGGAAGAAAUGCCAAAUUCACUUUGACUAUCAGAAUCGAAUGGCACAAAUCCAUGUGCAUACUGUUCUCUGACUUGGAAAGCGAUGCACACACAACUGUCCUCGUGUGUGGUCCCUCCCAGAGAAAGAGCUGCUGCUUUGGAUGGGGGCGUCACCGGGGAGCUUGCCUGGUUAUGACUCAGGUGGCUGCUGCAGUCUGCCGCUUGUGACCGUGUUCUAGCCUGUAGCAUCCCAAACUGCUCCCAGCCACCUGCUAAGCUUUCCUGUGCUAUACAUAUUUGUGUGUCACUCGUAGACUUUAAAUUAGAAAAGGAAAUGGUAAGAUUCUAUCUAAUAAAAGAGUAAUAUGCAAAUUGACCGUACCUCGGCUAUACCCGUAAGCCACGCCCACCAGCCAAUCAGGAGUGAGUAUGCAAAUUAAUCCAACCAAGAUGGCUGCGACCACAGAGCGAACAGGAGGCUUGGGUUUCCCUGGCAAUGGAGGAAGCCAAGCUUCCUGCACACACUGGCCAGCCCAGGCCUCCGCUCAAGGCUACAAAGUUUCAAUUAUAAAGAUAAAUAAACCCCAGAUACCAGGGCCUCCGCUUGGGUCGCCAGGGGGCGUGGCCGGCCUGCAAACCACCACAGGCCCCUCGCCCAGGCCUCCCCAUGCCCCAAGGGAACCCCCAUCCUGAUCCAGAACACCCUUCAGAGCAAACCAGCUAGCCCCCAACCAUGCAGCAGGUCUCUAUCCUAUCUAAUAAGAGAGUAAUAUGCAAAUUGACUGUCACUCCAACACACAAGAUGACUGCCCCCAUGUGGUCAAAGAUGGCUUCCCCCAUGUGGACACAAGAUGGCCAGCAGGGGAGGUCAGUUGGGAGGGAUCAGGCCAGCAGGGGAGGGCAGUU